AUGAACUCAUCAUCACCUCCAAUACAAACCACAACAACAACUUCAACGGAAAAUAAAGAUAUAAAAGAAGAAACAUUUGAAACCAAUGAUGAUGAUUUAGACAAUAAAAAUAAUAAUAACAAUAACAAUAAUAAUAAUAAUACAAAUAAUAAUAGUAAUAUAAAUAACGAUAAACCAAUAAAUAAUGAUAGUUCAUUACCAUCUAUUAGAGAUUAUAGUUUAGAUAAAAAUAAAAAGGAAACAGAUCAAGAGAAUCAUUUAGGUAGAUUUGAACCAUAUGGAGGGAAUAAUAAAAAGGUAUUAAAUUUUCAAGAAAGAUUAGAGACGGUCGAAUUAGUAGUAUCAAUGUUUCCAUUAUUAGAAAAAGAUCAAAAUGUUUAUAAAAUAUUAAACAAGUACGAUUGGAAUGUUGAAGCAUCUAUUAAUGAACUCCAAAGGAGACAUGACUUUGCAGAAAAAAGUUUAGUGAUGACUGGAGCUGCAUCGUUCCCACAGGACGAGACUACUUUUACAACACCAAAAGAAUUGCAACAACAAGAGAUGAAAACAUUCACCAAAAGAAGAUAUAAGGGUAUUUACUCACACCCAACAAAUACUCAAGAUGAUUUUGAUAGAAUGGAUGAUUUCCUCGAAGAGGAAGAAGAAGAGGAAGAAGACUUUUCAUUUGAAAAAAAUAUAACAGAAGAUCUUAUGGAAGUCAAGGACGAAAAGGAUAAGGAAAGCGAUGAUAAUAGUAUAGAUAAUAAAAAUUCACCUAAUAGUAAACAAUCAGCUUUAGAUUUCUCGAGAUUCCCAAACUUCAAACAAGAUAUACAAACAUUAAGAGAUAUUUUUGGUACAGCUUUUCACGAAUAUGAAUUAAAAGGAUUUUAUAUGGUUUGCAGUGGUAAUUUAGAAUUGGUAAUUGACCAAUUAGUUAACGAACAAAAACAAAAAGACUCAACACCAGUUAAACAACAACCACAACAACAACAACCACAACCACAACCACGUCAACCCUUGACAGCAAAACUUUCCGAAGAAGAAAAAAGACAGUUACAACUUCAAUUGAUCGAAGAACAAGAAAAAUUGGAAAAGAAAUUCUCUGAUAAAAAACAACAAGAAAUUAACAGCCAUCCAUCUAAAAAGAAUUUCUCUCAACAAGAGAUUGUCAACGAGCUCAAAGAUCUUUUUAGUAAACAUGUAGAAGAGGGUGUAAUAGAAUGGGUUGCUUACUCCUGUGAUUAUGAUUUAGGAAAAUCUACUACCCAGUUAGUAGAUUUGAAACAUAGUAAUUUAUUAAAAAAGAAUGCUGCCGCUGCUGCUGGUGCCGCUAACGCAAACACUACCACAUCACCAACUGGUUUACAAUUAGAUCCAAAUCUUCAAGCCCAAAUUGAAAACAAUAUAAAUAUACUUUCAAAAGGUCUUAUAAGUUUACCAUCAUUUGAUACUAUUACCGACCAAAUUAAAAACCUAAAUGCAAAUGAUAAUGAAAAUGCCAAUCAAUCUUCAAAUAAUAACUUUAAAUCAAUUUUUAAUAGAUCUAAUAUAUCACCACCAACAAAUACCACAACAACCACAACCACCUCAAACAACACUAUUGACCAAAACUCUUCAUCAUCAACUCCAGUUUUUCAACAAAAUUUUGUAUAUGAAAAAAAAUAA